AUGCCGACUUCGAGUGACGAGGAGAGUUACUCGUACAAAACCUCUAUUUCUGACGAAGAGUUGGAUUAUAACCCUUGCCAAUCAUGUGUCCUUUCUACUAACUGCUUGGAGAACGUCUUCCCAGCACUAGAUACCGAAGAGAACCAGUUCGCCAAAAUGCCUGACACUGAUUACAUCCUUAUCUCUCUGGAUUUCCAUCAUAUUUGCGUGAGAGAGCUCAGUGUAUCCAUAGAUGGGCCGUCAUAUCGACAAGAUCCUAUCAUCGAGGCCGGAGUCGCGUAUCUCGACAUGCGAGAUAUCUUGUAUGACCGUGGUAAAGGCGUCAUGCCUGGAGAUCGUGGGUCGUCCUGGUUCAAGUACAUGACACCUCCCCACUAUAUAGUGGAAGAGUUCGAGAACCAAGACGAAUCAGACCAGUCGCCAUAUUUGUUCGCUUUUGGCCGAUCAAGAAGGGUUCAGGAGAAAGAUCUUGCGUACAGAUUAUACCGAGUCUAUUCAGCGCUGAGAAAAAAGAACAGACGGAAAGAUGAGGUCGAGCAAGGACGUCUUCGACAGCUCAUUUUGCUGACCUUUGACCCAGAGCCCGUCAAAACUGCGCUGUUGCAGCUUGCUUUGGAGUGGUUAGCAGAACUCAAUGUGCAGAUAUGGGACUUGAAGAAGUAG